AUGACGUUCGCUAAGCCAACACAUCUUUACACUCGUUUGAGGGAUACCAUCCCAGCUGUCCUGCCAUGGAGUCCGGGCAACGGUUCGGAGAAGGGGGAUCCGAGGAAAAGCGUCAAGUGGAUUGAUGGCCUUCGAGGAAUCGCUUCAUUCCUAGUUGUUCUCACUCACAUAGCCCGCGCUUGGGACUACGAUCUCUUCUCGCCCCGAAACCACGAAGACGCAACUCCGCGAAUUCUACAAUGGCCGAUCCUUCGCAUUCCCUGGCAAGGCCGUAUCGGGGUCACUAUAUUUGCAUUUCUGACGGGCUAUGUCUGCGCCUUGAAACCUAUCAAACAAUCUCGAAGCGGCGACACAGCAGCAUCAUUCACAACUGUUGCAAAGAGCGCAUUCCGUAGACCACCACGGUUGAUAUUCCCCGCCACUAUUGCGAUGAUCAUAUCAUGGGUUAUUGCGCAAUUCGGUGGUUUCAUUGUCGCGAACAGGUCGGAUUGCUGGUGGUGUCGAUAUGCUGCUCCAGAUCUGGAAGAUUCUCUCUGGAAAGAAAUCGUUCGUCUGGGCCAGAAUUUCCUAUCGACGUGGACGACCGGAUAUAUGGCAUACGACGAUCACCAAUGGGCUCUUUUGCCUCUCCUUAAAGUAUCCAUGUUGGUGUAUAUUCUCCUUGUGGCGACGAUGUUUAUGAAAGUCCGGUAUCGGGUGAUGGUUUACAUUGGUAUGAUGUUGUACUUCUAUCAGGAUGCGGCGAAGAACACAGAAACUUUCCAGAUACAAGCAAUUUACGGCAUGCUCCUCAGCGACCUAUCGCACAGCAUCACGCUCAAAAGUUGGAUUGAAACCCAUCCCUACGGCCGCAGAAUGAUCACUGCCCCUCUUGCAAUCUUCGGCCUCUUAAUAGCUUCCUAUCCCGGAGACCACCCGGAAUGGUCGGGCUGGUCGAAAAUCAUGUUCAAAAUAGCACAACAUAUCUUCCCGCCUGGAGUCAAUGUCGGCAAGCGCUACACUGCAAUCGGCAUCGACAUGAUCAUCCUCGCGAUCUAUCUCUCCCCUUCCACAAAACGGUUCCUCGCAAACCGACUUCUGCUCUGGUUAGGCAAACAGAGUUUUGCUGUCUACUUAGUUCACGGCACCAUGCUGCGCGUUAUUCUUGUUUGGAUGCUGUAUGGAAUUACCGGGCAGCCUUGGGAGGGGGCCGAGGCGGAUACUGAUGAUGUGAGGAACUGGAUUCCAAUUCGCCCGCCGUGGGUUGUGGCUAUCAGUAUACCUGUCUGGAUUGGGAUGGUCUAUGCUGUUGCCGCGGCUUGGACUGCUCAUGUUGAUCCGUUUUGUGCUCGGAUAACGCAGAAGUUGGAAAAGGCUGUUUUUGUGGAUGAUGAGAAAGCAACUUUGCCGUUACCUGCUGUUUCCAAUCCUAUGCGGACUUCGUGA